AUGUCAUCAGACUCUAGUGUUACUUUCGAUGCCCUGCGUAUCCUCUCCGAGGCCCAGGAAUGGUCCGAGGACAACGAAUCUGCACUGCUCGAGCCGUAUACACACAUUUUUUCUGUGCCCGGAAAAGAUAUUCGUGGGCUCAUGCUCGAGGCAUUCAAUAGCUGGCUGCAGGUACCCGCCGACCAGCUCUCCAUCAUUUCCAAAGUUAUCAGCAUGCUCCAUACCGCAAGUUUACUGAUAGACGACAUCGAGGACGAUGCACAGCUUAGGAGGGGCGUUCCCGUAUCGCAUAAGAUUUAUGGCAUACCGCAGACCAUUAAUUCGGCCAAUUAUGCGUACUUUCUCGCAUACCAGGAGUUAUUUCGCCUGCGAUCUGGGAUCAGUAUAUCAGAAUCCCCCAAGGAAGAAAGCCAACGCCUCAUUCCUUUCAGGGAGCUGGAUCGCAUAGUCACCGCGGAGCUACUCUCCCUGCACCGUGGGCAAGGACUGGAGUUACUAUGGCGGGAUUCUCUGCAGUGUCCGACAGAAGAGGAGUAUGUAGCUAUGGUCAAUAAUAAGACGGGUGGUGUGUUCAGAAUUGCGGUGAAACUUAUGAUGGCGUGUGCCACUAAGAAUAUCGAUGUCGACUACGUACCGCUUGUCAACCUUUUUGGAAUCCAUUUUCAAAUACGCGAUGACUAUAUGAACUUACAAAGUUCUCAGUAUACAGAUAACAAAGGAUUUGCUGAAGAUCUCACAGAGGGAAAGUUUUCUUUCCCGAUCGUCCACGCAGUGCGAGCUGACACAUCGAACCGGCGGGUGAUGAAUGUCCUUCAGAAGCGACCGACUACUCCUACGUUAAAAGUGCAUACGGUCGCGUAUCUGAAGAAUCAUACCAAGUCGUUCGACUAUACAUUUCGCGUUCUGCGGUCGCUGGAAGAUCAGAUUCGUAAGGAGAUCGCAAGGUUGGGGGGAAACGUCGGCCUGGUAAAGAUCGUGGAUACACUCCAUGUAGACGAUCCUUCGCAAUAA